AUGGAAAUCCAGCUGGAGCUUGAGAAUGGCAGGAGUGAGUGUGAUCUUUUUACUCCUCCCUCCCUCUCUUACUGCACAAGUCCAUACAAGUUUUACCUUCAACCAAUUCGAUGCUUCGACCCUCGAAUUGUUUGUGGAUGCUUCGGUGCGGUCCAAAGCAAUCGCCCUUACUGAUCAAUCCUACAGGAGUAUCGGCCGUGCUUUUUAUCGAUAUCCUGUGCGUAUGAAAGAUGGUGGGUCUACUUCGUCUUUCAGCACAAGUUUUGUGUUUAAAAUUAUGAAAAGCAUUCCAUGUCUUUCAAUAAGCGGGCAUGGACUAGCGUUUAUAAUGACGCCCCAGAGAUCUCCAGAGGGAUUCUUGCCAUCUCAGUACCUUGGCCUAUUGAGAAAUAUUUCAAGCCUAGGAAAGGCCUCUAAUCAUCUCUUUGCAGUUGAAUUCGACACAGUACAGGACAUUGAAUUUGAUGACAUUGACGACAAUCACGUUGGUGUCGAUCUCAACGACCUUAGGUCUGUACAGUCUAUUUCUGCAGGCUACUGGAAUGACAACAGCCAAUUCCGAAAAUUGGAUCUCAAAAACGGACAGAAUAUUCAAGCCUGGAUUGAUUAUGACGAUCUUCUAAACGAGCUCAAAGUAACCAUCGCACAGGCUUGUUCAAAUCGCCCAGAGAAACCACUGUUAUAUCUGAAAAAUAUAUCUCUGUCCAACAUUCUUCAAGAAGAAAUCUACAUUGGAUUUUCAGCAUCUACAGGAUUGUUUACUGGAGAGCAUUACCUAGUCGCCUGGAGCUUUACUACAAGCGGAGCCGCCUCGGCUCUGAAUUUGGAUCUAUGUGAUCUAAUUAAUGACAGAAAAUCCAAUGCCAGAUUGAUAGCUGGCAUUACUGCCGCUUGCGUCCUCCCCCUCCUGGUGGUGGUUGCAGCAACGCUUGUGCUGUGGAAGAGAAACCAGUACAGAGAUAUUCUUGAAGAAUGGGAGAUGGAGUACUGGCCUCACAGAUUUAACUACAAAGACCUACACAUUGCAACAAAAGGUUUCGGAGACGAACAACUUUUGGGAUCCGGAGGCUUCGGUCGGGUGUACAGAGGAGUCCUUUCCACAAACAACCUCCAAGUAGCGGUGAAAUGUAUCCUUCGAGAAACCGAGGAAGGGAUAAAGGAAUUCAUAGCAGAGAUCUCCAGUCUUGGUCGCCUUCAACAUCGAAAUCUUGUGCAGAUCAGAGGCUUCUGCAGGCGAGUAAAGCGGCUAUUCAUAGUUUAUGACUACAUGCCAAAUGGCAGCCUGGACAAAAUGAUAUUUGGAAAGCCAAACAAGGUGGUCGAAUGGGGUCACAGGUACAAAGUCCUGAAAGAUGUUGCCGCGGGUUUGGUGUAUCUGCACGAAGAGUGGGAGCAACGUGUAGUGCAUAGAGACAUCAAGUCGAGCAACGUUUUGAUGGACUCCGAGCUCAAUGGAAAGCUUGGAGAUUUCGGGCUUGCGCGUUUGUACGAGCAUAACGAAAACUCUCAUACUACUCGUGUGGUGGGAACGCUGGGGUACAUUGCGCCGGAGCUGAUACACACUGGAAAAGCCAGCCCAGCAACAGAUGUGUUCAGCUUUGGUAUUUUCCUGUUGGAGGUUGCUUGCGGAAGGAGACCAGUUGAGCCCUCUCUCCAACCUGAGCAAAUAGUUAUGGUGGACUGGGUGAGACAGCUGUAUGCUACGGGCACUCUCAUGGAUGCAGCCGACCCCAAUCUUGGUGGGCAAUAUGUUAAAGUUGAGAUGGAGAGAGUGCUCAAACUGGGGCUGCUCUGUUCUAAUCCACAACCAGAAGGCAGGAUCGGCAUGAGACAAGCUCUUCAAAUACUUGAAGAAGAAGCUCCAAUGCCAAGCUUUGAUGCUCAGUUCAAUUUGGAUAUGAAUGCGCCCAACAGUAUUUUAAAGUCUUCUCCGUGUUCCACUUCCAUGUUUCUUGAGGGACGAUAGACUGCACAAUCAGGGCAAAACAUCAACCUUCUAAAACUUCUUUUCUGACUCUGUAUAAGAUGGAUCUUGGUGUGUCGUACUGUUAGUGUCUCUGUACUCUUCAUGUGAAGACAUUGCCUUACAACGGCUCAUGCAUGCCUGGCAUGCAUAUUCAACAGUUAUCUUCAGUUCAUAGUUUUUUUUUCUGUUUCCUCUCUUGUUAAUAAACUGUAACGAGCACUAUUCUUAUGCGUAGUCUUUCUUGCAGAGUUAACUUGCUGUUAAGCAGUAUUCUUAGGCGUAGUCUUUCUUACGUAAUAAACUGCUGUUAGUUCUUUAGCAUGAUCAAUGCU